AGAUUCCUGGAGAAGGAACCUUUUAGUUUUCUUGUCCACUCUGGUUUUCUUGCCUGGAGAAUUCCAUGGACAGAGAAGCCUGGCGGGCUACAGUCCAUAGGGUCGCAAAGAGUUGGACAUGACUUAGUGACUAACACUAAUACCACAGCUCUGAGAGUGCCUCAGAGAGGGGAAGGGGGAGUUCGGUAGGUUCUGGCCAAAGUCACAAAGGUGGAAGGUGACAGAACUAGGGUGUGUAUUUGGGUCAAACCCUGAGCUGGUGUUACAACACCGUGCUGGAUGGAUCAAGGUGCUGGUGGGGUAUGUUACCCAGAGUCCCUUAUUUGGCCCUCCCUUCCCCUGGAGCCCAUAGGCAGGUUUGCCUCAGGUGAGCACCAAACCUGCCUUGAGCCCACCACGGACAUCCUCCCACGCAGCCUCUUAGCGCUGUGGUCCGUGUGAACCUUGGCUGAGUGGAUGCAGGGUCCUAUCCUUGCUACUUCUUGGAUCUUUCCAUCCUCCAAAGGCAGCUUUGUUUCCUUAUUCCAGGCCUGGGUGGGUAUAAUCACUGUCCAUUCUCAGCACAGCUUAGCCUGGUCCAUCCACGCAGGCCCACCAUUCCUGGAGACACCUAUGAAGUGCUCCUUUGGGCCCAAGGCAAAGCUGUACCAGCAUUCAAGGAGCAGCCUUCCCAAGGUCAAGGUUUUCUGUGGUAUGAUCAGUUCCCUUCUCAGUGCCACCCAGUCAUGAAAUGUCUUCUCUGGCUGCAAGAGUAUUCUGUCUUCAUCUAUCUUCCCAUCUUCUGGUCUGUCGCAUAGAAUCAGGCUUGACUUUGAGUAAUAAAGAUGCCACCUAACAAAAAUCAAAGGUCUGUUUCUCUCACAGAAGUCCUGAGACAUGCAAUCCAAAGCCAGUAUGGAGGUUUUAUGCAGUCCUCAAAGACCUAAGCUCCUUCCAGCUCACUGCUCCAGCAUUUUGUUUCUAUGGUCCAAAAUGGCAGCCAAGAUUCCAGCCAUCACAGCUGCAUCCCAGGCAGUAACACAGAGGAAGGAUAAAGAAGAAGGAGCGUGGGGGUUGCAGAUGCCAGGCGCCCUUCCAAGGUGAUUCAGAACAAGAGGCCCUGGAGGGCAGGGCAGCCCUCAGCCCACCUGGCAGGACGAGGAAGAAGCUGAGAGCUUGGCUGCGUGGCCUUGCUUGGUCUCCCAGAGCUGGAGGAGCCCAGGUGGGUGCUGGGGCUGGAGCUUCUGUGCUGCUGCUGGCUGACCGCUGCUCCGGGCCUGGGAAAGCGAGCUACUGGUCCUUCCUGAGAACCAAGCUAUGACAGGCCUGCGCCAGGCCCUGUGGGGCAGAGCAUAGGGUGGGCGGGCCUGUGAGCCUUGGGUCUCUUUCCCCAAAGCUCUCGCCACCCCUGACCUGGGGAGCCAGACAACGCCUCCUCCAGGAAGCCCUUGCUGACUUCCUUUGCCAGAUGCCCACUGUCAGUGUUCUCCCACAUCCCUCCACUGGGCUUUUUCUAAUGCUGCCUGCUCAUCUGUCCCCUGCCCUCAGCUGACCCCACUCGAUAUAGCCCCUGUACCUUGCAUGUAAGAUGAACUCGGUAACGAUAUAUCAACUAAUGAAUGAGUGAGUGAGUGAGUGAAUGAAUGCAUGAAUGAGUGACUGAAUGAGUUCCCAGGCUGCCAGGGGGUGGUUCCCCCAGCGAGGAGGGGGAGGCCUGCAAGGGUUAACCAGGAGCCCGUCUGUGGUCUGAGGUAAGCAGGGAGCGUAUUUGUUCAGGUAAAUAAGGAAGGAUUACUUAUAAUGGGAAAUCAGGCCCCAGCCAACUCUUCAUCUCUUGCUGCCUAACUUCCUCCCAGCACAUUCCUGCACUCCGCCCGUGUCCACACUGCCCCGCAGACCCGGUCCCCUGAGCCCACCGCGGCCUCCCUUGUAAGCCCCCCUGGCUGGGUCUCGCCACGGUGCCAGCAAGUGGCCCUGAGCUGGGGGCAGGGGGGCUCCCUACGGGGCGUGCAGCCCUGAGACCUCAGAGAGCCGCCCGUCGAGGGUGGCCAGGCCCCCGGCGGCCCACCCGAGUGCCACCUCCGCCCUCAGUCCUGCCAGCCCCUGGUACCGCCGGCGCCCCAGAUGCCUGGCUGAGACCCAGCAGUGGUCCCAGCUGCCUGUGCCUCCCCCUGGUCCCCAAGGUUGGCACCACCGCGGACGACUCUUUGGGCACCAGGCAGCUAACGGACACAGCCGCCAGCCCGAGCAGCAUGGGCAGUGCCAGCCCAGGCCUGAGCCCCGGGCCUCCCGGCCGCCUCCUGCUGCCCCCGGACAGCGCGCUGCGGACAGGCCUGGAGAAGGCGGCCGCGGGGGGCACGGGGCCCGAGCGGCGGGACUGGAGCCCCAGCCCGCCUGCCACCCCUGAGCAGGGCCUGCCCACCUUCUACCUCUCCUACUUUGACAUGCUGUACCCCGAGGACAGUAGCUGGGCGGCCAAGGGCCCCGGGGCCAGCGCGCGGGAGGAGCCGCCCGAGGAGCCAGAGCAGUGCCCGGUCAUCGACAGCCAAGCCCCGGGGGGCAGCCUGGACCUGGCCCCGGGUGGGCUGACCCUGGAGGAGCACUCGCUGGAGCAGGUGCAGUCCAUGGUGGUGGGCGAGGUGCUCAAGGACAUCGAGACGGCCUGCAAGCUGCUCAACAUCACGGCAGACCCGGUGGACUGGAGCCCCGGCAACGUGCAGAAGUGGCUCCUGUGGACGGAACACCAGUACCGGCUGCCCCCCGUGGGCAAGGCCUUCCAGGAGCUGGGGGGCAAGGAGCUGUGUGCCAUGUCGGAGGAGCAGUUCCGCCAGCGUUCGCCCCUUGGUGGGGACGUGCUGCACGCCCAUCUGGACAUCUGGAAAUCAGCUGCCUGGAUGAAAGAGAGGACGUCCCCGGGGGCAAUUCACUUCUGUGCCUCGACCAGCGAGGAGAGCUGGACAGAUAGCGAGGUGGACUCGUCCUGCUCCGGGCAGCCCAUCCACCUCUGGCAGUUUCUCAAGGAGCUGCUGCUGAAGCCGCACAGCUACGGCCGCUUCAUCCGGUGGCUCAACAAGGAGAAGGGCAUCUUCAAAAUCGAGGACUCCGCGCAGGUGGCCCGACUGUGGGGCAUCCGCAAGAACCGCCCCGCCAUGAACUACGACAAGCUGAGCCGCUCCAUCCGCCAGUAUUACAAGAAGGGCAUCAUCCGCAAGCCCGACAUCUCCCAGCGUCUGGUCUACCAGUUCGUGCACCCCAUCUGAGCACGGACACCGGGUCCCGGGCCUGAAAGGUGCCCUCGCCAGACCUCCCUCCUGCCUGUCCUGCCUUGGCCAGGCCCAGAGCUGGGAAAGAGGGCAGUCUGCUGACAUCCAGAGUUCAAGGUCAGGGAGGAGAUGGCCCGCCGCUCCCCGAGAUGUCAGUGAGCUCUCUGGGAAGAGAGCCCCAGGGUGGGGGGUGCUUGCCCCUCGGGCCUGACUGCUCCACGGCCAGCCCAUCGGAGGAUGGAGGGAGGCAGGGCUGUCCCCCCGCUCCGUUGCAGCCUCUGACCCCAGGCGCUCCGGAGCAGAGCCAACGGAACGGCAGUGACUUGGCCAAGCCACUUGCCCUCCAGUGCCCUCGGCUGCCCGUCCAGCACUGCGCCUGGCAUGGUGCCAGGAGACAUCUGGACCCCCGAGUUGGGAAGCCAGGGGUGCCCUGGGGACGGAUAAUAAAGAUCCUAAGGAACUGA